UUUAAAUUAUAGAUAUAUCAUGCUAUGCUUUGUUAUAUUUGUUAUAUUCUAAGAUGUGUCCGUACUGGCGGACAACAGGUGUGGCCAUUGUUGAUGCCUGAGAGCCACGGCAACAACAGCGCGCAACGUCAUUUAACGACUGGACAGUUGGCAUCAAUUUAAUUCUGCAGCCAACCUCAUCCUUCCGGUCAAAUAACUCCGCGAUGGCGUACAUAUAGUCGCUGCAUACCCUUUAGUUCCACAGCAUAUGCGCCAUUCACCAAAUCACUCGCCAACCGCAACCCCCCAAACAACAAUACCAGCCACCACCCAAUCGCAAAUCCAUUCAUCCGAACCAUACUGAGUCCAACAAAGAAAGGCCCAACGCACAACACUCAAAAUGUCCCCAUCCCUGCGUCGACUAAUGAAAGAAGCCGCCGAGCUAUCCGCCUCACCUUCCCCACACUUCCACGCUCAACCCGUCUCCGACUCCAACCUCUACGACUGGCACUUCACAAUCGCCGGUCCUCCCGCUCCCUCACCGUACGCCUCUGGAAUCUACCACGGCCGCAUAGUCCUACCCCCAACGUACCCUCUUCGGCCUCCGAGCUUCCGCUUCCUCACCCCCACGGGGCGCUUUGAAGUCAACCGGGAAAUUUGUCUCAGUAUCUCGGGGCACCAUGAGGAGACAUGGCAGCCUGCGUGGGGGAUUCGGACUGCGCUGCUGGCGAUCAGGAGCUUCAUGGACGGAGAUGCGAAGGGGCAGGUUGGCGGCUUGGAUGUCUCGGAGGAGGUGAGAAGGGAUUAUGCUCGCCGGAGUGGAGACUGGUGCUGUGAGGUUUGUGGGAAGAGUAACGAGGCCAUUCUAGGGGAGUGGAGAGAUUAUUGCAAGGAGAACGGGGUGGAGGUUGGGGAUAUGGGCGACGAGAGGGUUGUUCCUCCUGCGGCUAAGGAGGAGGGUGAGAGGGGUGAUGCCGAUGUUCCUCAGCAGAAGGAACAGUCUGAGAAGAUAGCGCAGGAUGAGCCCGUGGCCGUAUCACAGGAGCCAGUGCAGCAACCGUCGGCUCCGGAAGAAGGUGUCCAGGCUGUGUUUACUCCUCCUCGUCCUUCUACGUCUAUGUCUACUUCUGCGCCGGCACCAGACGUACAAACACAUUUGGCGGCGGCGGCGCCGCGUCAACCUGUUGUGCCGUAUCCGGCGCAGGCUGUUGCCUCGCAGCAGUCCGAGGAUCCCUGGCUGGAUCGAGCUAUUAUCGGCGUGUUGGUUGCGCUGGUGUUUAUGAUUCUUCGGCGAAUGGCUUAUUCCGAGGAGUAGUUUGGAUUAUGGUUUGUUUGGCUUUGGGUGACGACGGGUUCAUCUAUGUUUGGAUUUUGGGUUUAUUUGAGCGGUUGGCGUUUGGAUGGAUAUACGGAUUUGGUAUUUUGGAGUGAAUUUACAAGACAGGUUGCUUGAUACUAUCUCCAUCUUUCA